AGGAGACCAAGAGGAGACCAAGAGGGGCGGGGGUCCGUCGCGCGCCCCAGGUCUAGCGACGCUGACCCUCGUCCCUCCUCGCUCGGUGUACAUGCGAUAGUGAGGUGGCCCCCGGCCGGCCGUCGGCGGUGGACACAUACGUGACGGCACUCUGGCGUCGCUAGCACUAGCGAGCUGCGCACAUGACUGGACCUCGUCGUCUCCCUCAUGGCGGUGCGGAGCUUGUGCGCCUGCGGGGGCGACUUGUAGCGUGCAACCUUGAGGCACCGUGGGCCGUGGCCUCGGCCCUGGCACGCCCGGUGAUUCGCCGCGCCCGACGUUGCGACGCAGUUGCGCGGGAAAAAGGCUCGACAUCGCGCAGCGGUCUGCAGGUUCCUCGCAGCCCCCGCGGCCAACGUGCAGCGGCAGAUGCUCAGCAGUUCGCCGCCCUCUGAUUGGGCGCCGUCCGCCGUUUUUCGGUCCCUUGGUGUCCAUCCCACAGUUGGUGACAAGUUACGGCCAUGUUAAAAAUCGCUGAGCGCAGGUACACUUUUAACCCCUGGACAGCCCUUUUUUCUGUCCCCCUUUUUUUUUCGUGCGGCCAGGCUGUUGGCCUCUGCCUGAUUUUCAUCCGUCGCAGCUGCGUCAGGACGCAAUCAAGAAACAUCAUGACAGCGCAACUGUCGCUCUUGCUCGACCUCGACCCGCGACAUUCGCCCCCGAUGGGCUCGCUCGUGUCCAUUGCCGAUGCUCUCUGGGCCAUUGCCGCCCUUUCGCUUUUGUUCAAAAGGACGAUGGGGCGCCAAACGCCGCAAUGUCCAUGAUGCUGUGGUUCACCAUCCUGCUCAUUGCUGUAACCUUUUGGCUUACAUUUUCAAGCCGUUUUAGCCGUCUGUGAGAUAGCACGGCGUGUGCGCUUAUCAACAGCACCAGUCCCAGAGAGACCAAGCAGCCAUGCUCGGAAGAUACGCAUCAGAGACCAGCUCGGCCGCCCGCGGUCCGACCUCCUUGUCCGGGGUUCUCCGGCUCAAGGAGUCGGCCGGCGGCGUCUACGAGAAGGCCCACCUCUCCCUUUCCGCUGCUGAGGCGCGCUUUGUGGCCCUCGGGAGUGAGACAUCGCGCUCUUCCACCCCGGUCACGGAUGCAUCGACCUACCAGACGCCGUCUUCCGUCAGCUCCUGGGGGACGACCGCAGGGUCGCAGGUCGAGUCGGGAGAAUGCAGCUACCCGGGAGAGGACGAAAAGAGGUCUCACGAUCGCAAGUGGGACGAGGAAAGCCUUCCAGUCCGCUCGCGCCGGCCCUCAGAGGAGUCACCCAUGUAUCCCACCGUCUUCAGGCCGCCUACCGCCAGCCGCAGCAACAACUCGGACAAGGCCAGCACGUGCAGCAAGAGCGGCAGUGCAAAGUCCAGUGAGGUCGCUUCUCCACGGCAAAAAUCGGACGUGAGCGACACCGAGUCGUGCAUGGCCGACGAUGAGGACCGCGAGAACGAUGACGACGACGAAUACUGCGGAGAAGACGACAGUCUCGACGCAGCAGUCAUCGCGGCCGUCGACGGGGAUCUCGCCCUGGCCGCCUAUCUCAUCCCUCUGCUGCACCGCUCCUUCAGCUCGGCGGUGCGCACCAAGGUCGAGGCAUGGCAGUGCGGCAGCCCUGGCGGCGGCUCGGCUGGCGGGCGGUCUUCUGACAGCCAGCACGCCGGGUCGUCUGCCAGCGGCGGCAACAGGUCGCCUAUCGCGCCGCGCAAGCGCAGGCGGCGGACCAGCUCGGGCGACGGCGAGCGCGCCGGUGACGGAGACGGCGGCGACGACGACGACGAGGGAGGCUCCGGCAAAGCCAAUAGCCACCCCGAGACGCUCGACGCGCACGCGCCGCUCCUUGCCUGCCCCUUCCACAAGCUCAACCCAGCAAAGUACGGGAUCCAGCACGGCGCCACGUCGAGCAACGUCAAGAGCGACUACUACCGCGCGUGCGCCGGGCCCGGGUUCAAGACCAUCCAGAGGCUCAAGGAGCACCUGAAGCGAAAACACACCGUCGUCCAGUGCGAGCGUUGCUACAAGAUCUUCCGCGGCAACAACCGCGAGGCCUCCCAGCAGCUGACGCAGCACUCGCGCAGCAGUGAGAGCUGCCAGAUUGGCGAUGCGGCGCUGAGGGAGGGCAUCAACAAUGUACAGUGGGCGUUGUUGGACAAGCAGAACAGGAAAAAGCCCCAGGAGACCCACAAGCUGGAGAAGUGGUUUGAGAUUUGGGAGAUCCUCUUCCCCAACAACGACAAGCCAAAAACGCCAUGGUAUGACGGUCUUUCCAUCGCCUCUUCGGGUCAGUCAACACCUGAGAGCGAGCAAUUCGCGACCAUCUUCGUCAACAUCCUCACGCACAAGGUCCGGCAAGGAGACAUUGCUCUACAGGCCGACGAGAACACGAUGGGCCGGCUGAAGAAUGUGGUGGAGCAGACGUUCAGGACCUGGGUCAACACGCGCGACGACCUGCAGCUGACGGACGCGUCGUCAAGCCUGGCCGGCAGCGCCCUGCACUCAUCGUCGCGCGUCGGCGGCUCCUCCACACACCUGUCGGGCCCCUCCAACAGCGCCUCGCAGCAGUUGACGGCAUCGUCGUACAACAGCGGCGCCCACAUCCCCAUCGCCCCGGCGUUGCGCCACCCGCAGCAGCAACAGCAUGCACAGCAGUCGCAGGCUCAGCAGCAGGCGCCGCAGUACCACACACACGCGCUCGGCAUGCAGCCCGGCGGCGGCCCGCAGUACAUCGCCAUGCCCAUGGGCCGCCAGCCGACGCAGUUCUCCGGGGCCAUGGGUGGGCCGGCUGGUGGCGCCGCGGCGAUGCCACUGGCCAACUUCAACGGCGCCAUGCACGCGGCCGGGCCCGAGGACCUGAACAAUGGCUGCUUCGUCGUCAUGCAGCCCCAAUUCUGGGCCCCGACAAACAUGCCCGUCCAGUUCGGCCUGCCGUUUGCCACUCCCGGCGCCGCCCACGUGAGCCCUUCCGAGUACUACAACACCGGGACUGAGGACAACUUUGGGCCGAGCGGCGCAGAAACUGAUUUCAUGUGAUUAUUCGUAUCUUUUCGCAUCAAGGGGCGUCAUUUUGCUGGUAUUUGGGAGGUGUCUGGGCAGUGUUUGGGCGGCUGGUUUGGUUUGCUCCUAGGUUUAUGGGAGGCAGUGCCAGGUGCAUGUGGUGGGCAGAGAGUCGGCGCACUCAUUCGAGGCUUAGGUUCAUUUGUUCUUUCUGUUGCAUUUUACCGUAUCUCUUGAGGGGGUCCACAACGUACAACCCCCGAGUAAAUAAAUCUCCUGGCAUCCUUCCAUUCGAGGUUCCGA